CAGCAGCGCUGCGUUUCAUUCAUUUUUGAAGUAGAUAGUGUGAACUUGUGAAUUGUGUGUGGAAAUUGUGGAUAUUUUUGACCUAUCAUUUGUUCUAGUGCAUUUUCAUUAAAAAAACUGUUCUUGUAAAUAUAUCAAAAUGGGAAAGGAUUACUAUAAAAUAUUGGGACUGUCUAAAGGCGCGACAGACGACGAAAUUAAAAAGGCGUAUAGGAAGUUAGCAUUGAAAUACCACCCCGAUAAGAACAAAGCUGCUGGCGCCGAGGAGCGCUUUAAAGAAGUAGCGGAAGCUUACGAAGUUCUUUCAGACAAGAAGAAGCGAGAAAUCUACGACACCCAUGGGGAGGAAGGCCUUAAGGGAGGCAUGGGAGGUCACAACGGGCCAGGUGGAGGCCAGUCCUUCUCGUACACGUACCACGGUGACCCUCGAGCGACGUUCGCCCAGUUCUUCGGCUCUGCGAGCCCGUUCCAAGCGUUCUUCGACCUGAACGGUGGGGGUGGUGGUGGUACCACAAUGUUCUUCGACCGCGACAUGGACAUGGAUUUGGAUCCGUUCGCCAACAUAAACAUGGGACAUUCGCGGCCGGGCGGACCAAGCGGUGCGUUCCGGAGUCACAGCUUCAACUUCCACGGUUCGCCCAAUAGGAAAGAAAAAACUCAAGACCCACCCAUAGAACACGAUUUAUAUGUCUCUAUAGAGGAUAUUGCUCGUGGAUGCGUCAAAAAAAUGAAAAUUUCACGCCGCGUCAUCCAACCAGAUGGCACGUCAAAGAAAGAAGACAAAGUCCUUACUAUUCAUGUUAAACCUGGCUGGAAGGCAGGCACUAAGAUCACGUUCCAGAAGGAAGGCGACCAGGGUAGGAACAAGAUCCCAGCAGACAUAGUCUUCAUCAUCAGGGAUAAGCCUAACCCGCUGUUCAAGAGGGAGGGUUCUGACAUCAGAUACACAGCCAAAGUGUCCCUUAAGCAGGCACUCUGUGGCACCAUAAUUGAAGUACCAACCAUGUCUAACGAAAAGUUAACAGUCAACCUUCAGGGCGAGGUAGUGAAGCCCUAUACAGUAAAGAGAUUCCCUGGCUAUGGUCUGCCAUUCCCAAAGGAACCUACGCGGAAGGGUGACCUGCUUGUUGCAUUUGACAUUAAGUUUCCUGACCGUCUAAGUACAGCUGUUAAAGAGAUACUUAUGGACACUUUACCUAAUUAGUUAACUAGAAGUCUAUUGGAUACCUCAUUAGCAAAUUGAAGCUCUUAUUCAAUUACUGUUGAAUACUGAAAGACGGCUUCCUUUAUGGGCACCACCAUAUUAGAGAAGGCCACUUAAGCUUUAAAAAUUUUGAGUGUCCUUUAUAUUUCAGUAUUCAAAGUAUACAUACAAGCCACUUGUGAAACAUACUUUCAAGUUAUCUUUGCAUUUCCAUUUUACAUUGCAUUAUUUAUUUACCAUUACAGGUGACUUGCUCUUGUCCUUGAAUAGGAAAAACGUAAUUUAAAGUAUGCUUCAUGUGUCUUGGUUUUGCUCGUCAUAAUGGAAUAACCCUCUAGGGCAAUGUUAAAUGCUCAAAUGUUAAUGGGACAUUCCUAUAGGAUUUUAAUUCAGUCGCUGACUCAGUUUGUGAGUUUAGUUUGUUGAGUAGACUUGUUUUGUCUGUCAAGUGUAAAAGUUGAUUCAGUGGAUUGAUUGGUCUUUUAUAAUAUAAUAUGGUAGGAAUUGUAAUGGUCGCCCUAAACAAUUGAGCGUGCUUGGCAAGCUCUCAAUUGCUUCUCAGGUUGAUUGGCAUUGCAAGCUAAUUUAUUCAAAUUUACAAGCACAUAUUAUGUUUGAAUGCUUGCUUGUCAAGCAGACAGAUCAAAAGACUGCAAGCUAGUUAAAUGCAAGAGAAAAUCUCACAAAUUUUAAGUAAAUUUCUUUUCUUUUUUUCUUCAAGCAUUUACAGAUGUGCCAACACUUUCUUAUAAGUUGGGAUAACUAAUAAUUGAUCAAUGAGAAAGUUUGUGUCUUUUAGUGGAUAAUUGACCAAUAUCAAUUCAAUUUAUUAUUCCCAGAUGUGUCAACAAGUUAACUGCUGGACCUUUUAGAUUAGUUGACUGAACUACCGAAGUUUGAGGUAAAGGUUGGCACAUCUAUAGAGAGCUAUGAUGAAAUAAUAUUUAGUUUAGUGAAAGUAUGUGUGAGCGUUUUCUAUCCGUUUUAGUAUAGGAAGCAGUGAGUUUGUAACUUUCUGACUGUAACCGUAUUAUUUAAUUUUGUAAGUUGUAAAUAUUUUGUAACUGUAAAUACUUCAUUGAAUGUGCAGUGAUUGUAAGUUUUAGGUUUUGUAAUGAUUGUUUUGACUGAUUAUAAAAUGGUAAAUUAUAUAAUAUAAUAGUGACAUUUUCUUAAGACUUUCUUUUCAGUGCUGAUAUUGGACACAAAACUCAAAUCUACCAUCCAAUUUGCAUUGCAUGUAAACUUGUUGAUGGGAUGAUAGGGCUUUAUUAUAGAUUCAUAGUAACAUAAUAGCAAUAUUUAUAGUUAAUAGAUUCCCUUGACUGCUUUUUGCAUAGAUUUUAAUAUAUACCAAUAUAUCAGUGGGCUUACUACCAUCACUAAAGUAGUACUACUUUAAAAUUACUUUUCUAGAGCAAAAUAGCGUCAACAAUAUUAAAAUAAUGCUUUAUUCGAUUGUAGUAAGCUAGCUGAAUAUUAUAUGAAAUACAUGAUGUUGUUUGUGCAGAUGUCAUUUUGGCAAAAGAAAACUUAUUACUUAUAAUUACUGAGUAAAUAAACAUACUGGAAAUAUUAAUUUGAA